AUGACGUUUCAAGCCGGGAAAACACUUUUGGACAGAAUUGCAAUGAUUUACAUUUUAUUUUUGUUCGUUGGCUUUUUAAACGCCUUAAAAACGCAACGCUUUACCAGACAGGGAGGUUCGUUCCCUUCUUCUAAGAUCUCCGUCAGCUAUGAAACUUUUUACUUUGAUCAAAAGAUUGAUCAUUUUGGCUUCCUAGAGGAUGGCACGUACAAACAGCGCUACCUUGUGGCUGACAAAUAUUGGCGCUCGCCUGGCGGGCCCAUUUUGUUUUACACAGGCAAUGAAGGAGACAUCACCUGGUUCUGUAACAAUACUGGCUUCAUGUGGGAUGUAGCUGGUGAGCUUGGCGCCAUGUUGGUUUUUGCAGAACAUCGUUAUUACGGAGAAUCGAUGCCAUUCGGAGCGGACUCUUUUAGCGACAGCAAACAUCUCAACUACUUGACAGCAGAGCAGGCCCUAGCGGAUUUCGCCGUUCUGAUCCAGAACUUGAAACUGCGCCGAACUGGAGCCCAGCAAAGCCCGGUUAUCGCUAUGGGAGGGUCAUACGGUGGGAUGCUAGCCGCAUGGUUUAGGAUGAAGUACCCCAACGUGGUUGUCGGCGCUUUGGCAGCGUCUGCGCCAAUCUGGCAGUUUUCCGGGAUGGUACCGUGUGGCGACUUCCAUAAAGUGGUCACACGGGACUUUGCUAUAAGUGGACGCAACUGCGAUGCAAAUAUUCGAGCAUCAUGGAAGGCCAUCAGUAACCUCUCUGCUACUGCAUCAGGUCUGGAGUGGCUGUCAGAGGAGUUCGGGUUGUGCACGGCGCUGAAAAGUGACAAGGACGUCGUUGCCUUCAAGGGUUGGCUCCAGGAGACAUGGGUCAACUUGGCUAUGGUGGACUACCCGUACCAGGCUGAUUUCCUGCAACCACUUCCCCGCUGGCCAAUCCAGGCGGUGUGCAAGUAUCUGACGAUGGAUUCAUCUGCUUCUGACCGGCAGAUCCUUCACGGGGUGUCGCAAGCAGUAAAUCUCUAUUAUAACUACACCGGGAGCUCCUCCUGCCUCAACACCUCCGAGACGGCUACCGGCAAUCUCGGCAUAAUCGGCUGGGACUACCAGGCCUGCACUGAAAUGGUGAUGCCUAUGUGCACCGACGGUGUACGGGACAUGUUUGAACCUGCUGAGUGGAAUUUCCAAGCCUUCUCGGACGAGUGCCACUCCAUGUUUGGCAUCAGGCCGCGAGCCGACUGGGCCGGCGUGGUUUUCGGCGGAAAGGACAUCGCUUCGCACAGCAAUAUCAUCUUUAGUAACGGCGGCCUGGACCCAUGGUCUUCCGGAGGAGUCACGCACAACUUGUCCGACUCGCUGGUGUCAAUCAUGAUUCCGGAUGGCGCUCACCACCUGGACCUGCGCGCCGCCAACGAUCAGGACACACCUUCCGUACGUGCGGCCCGUGCUCUAGAGCUAAGCUAUUUUAAAAAGUGGAUCAAACAAGCUGAGAAAACGAUCCAUAAUCUUUCCUGA